GUGAGUGUACCAUGCAGCAGCUUGUUCGAUAUAGUAACCGUGAGAUGUGGACACUGCACAAAUGUGUUGUCUGUGAAUAUGGGAAUGGUUUCUGUUCAUCAGUCUCUCACCAAUCCCACCUCCCAAAAUUCUUCUGCUUCUCACCGCCAUGGUGAUCAGGAUCCUAACGAAAAUCCUUCAAAUUCUGAGGUCGGUUUGUGUUCAUCUACGAGAUAUAUGCCCGUGAAACCACCUCCUCCUCCAAACACCAAUGAUCAAUCAAUAAUCAAUGCUCCACCGGAGAAAAGGACACGCGUUCCAUCUGCAUAUAACCAAUUCAUCAAACAGGAGAUUCAAAGGAUUAAGGCUACUAAUUCAAAUAUCAGCCACAGGGAAGCUUUUAGUGCUGCUGCCAAAAAUUGGGCACAUUUUCCUCAUAUUCAUUUUGGGUUAAUGUUGGAGGGCAACAAUCAUCAAGCAAAACUUGAGCAGCAGAGUAACAUGCAAGGAUCUAAGAAGCGAUUAAAGUCAACAAAAGAGUCAUUUGACAAAUAAUUCAAUAGUUUUAAUUAUGUUUUAAAUUUUAAUGAUUUGAAAUAUUACUUUUAAAAAUUGUUUGACAAUUGUAUCAUCAUGUUAUCCAUGUAUUUUUAGGUUUAUCAUUGUAGUAUAUACUUCGCUUUGCUUAGCGAAAUAAUUUGGUCGGCUGUUUCUCUCCUUCAUUUGGACGUAAAUUUUAUUAAGAGUUAUGCAUGUAAAUAAAACAUGAAGAAUACGUACAUCA